AUGGAAGAGCUCGUUCUCGAGCAUGAGCUCGGCCGCGGUAACUAUGGCACAGUCAAGAAGGUUCUCCAUCGACCGACAAAGGUCGAGAUGGCUAUGAAGGAAAUUCGUCUCGAGCUAGACUCCACUAAACUUAAUGGAAUACUGAUGGAGUUGGACAUCCUGCACCGCGCCCUAAGCUCAUACAACAUUGUGGAUUUCUAUGGUGCCUUCUUCGUGGAAUCGUGCGUGUACUACUGCAUGGAGUACAUGGAUGGUGGUUCGCUGGCUUCUUUCCCUCCACCACUUGCCGAUGAGCACCUCUGCCGCAUCGCUUCAUCCAUGUCCCAUGGACUAGAAUUCCUCAAAACUGAACUUGGGGUCAUGCACCGGGAUGUCAAACCUACGAACGUCCUUGUCAAUUGCAAGGGCGAAGUGAAGCUUUGCGAUUUCGGUGUUAGCGGACAGCUGGAGAAGAGCAUUGCGAAGACGAAUGUUGGUUGUCAGAGUUACAUGGCUCCCGAGAGAAUUAAGGGUUCUUCACCAUCUGGAUCUAAUUUGGAAGAUGCCUUCACUUCAUACACGGUCAGUGCAGAUGUAUGGUCCCUGGGCCUGUCGAUCGUUGAAAUUGCGCGAGGAAGAUACCCAUACCCUCCGGAAACUUACGAGAAUGUAUUUGCGCAACUAAGUGCCAUAGUGGACGGCGAAGCACCUGGACUCCCAGAAGACGAGGAAUUCGCAGACGAAGAAGUCGAGGUUUAUUCUGGGUCUUAUAGCGCAUCACCAGAACAAUCCAGCUUCAUGCGCAAGGGAAAGCGAAGAUGGUCUCCAGAGGCGCGUGACUGGGUUCGACGGUGCCUCAUCAAGAAUGCAGAUGAGCGAGCCACCUACAAGGAGUUGCUUGAACAUCCAUGGAUGCGCAAACAUCAAUGUGUUGAUAUGGUGAGUUGGGUAGCAAAGGCGAUCGAAUGGCGGGAUCGGGGAGGGCGAUAAGCAGGUAUUGCGCAUUCGCAGUGGCCGUUAUGUCAUGCACCCCUAUCUGCAUUUUUUUUGUUGCGCAUUGCCUUCUCUCCACAUAGAUACUCGACGCAUACCGCCAUCGCUUUACCCAACAUUCUCUUUGCUUACAUGUAUUAUCACUCACACUCGCGCAUUGACGCUGGUCGUUGAUAUACCCUAAUCUCCUUUGUUAUGUCGACAUUGUCCAUUAUUUCCCCGUUCUCUUGGGAUUGCAGUAGACCAUAGUGGGCCAUUAUAUUGUUUUGUUUCGCGGGGCAUGUAGCUUUAGUUUUGACUUGCAAUUAAUGAGGCCGGUUGUUUGGUCUUGUUAGCAUUUAAAGGUGUCACGUC